AUGGGGAACUACGGCAGUUCUAAUCCCGAGCGCGAGCACCGGAGCUCUCGGCACCUCGAGGCCGCGGAGACCCUCUUAGUCUACGAUGCGGCCCUGCGAGCCUUUGCGGAUGGUCCUGAAAGGAUGGUUGGGAUUUUCGCAGCACGACUUACGGUGCUGUCGCAGCUGUUCGUGAAACACAAACAUAAAAUGGCUAGCUUUGAGAACUUGGAGGGGAUGUUCCAGUGGAAGAGUUCGCAGAUUCGACUGCUGAUGUUGGAGAUCUAG